GUUAACCUGUUUAUUUUAUUUCUUGGCGGCGCGCAUGUCACGUUUUAGUCGUGAAAUAAUUUAAACAAAAUGUUCGUUAAAUAGUUGAAUUUUUUUAUUAUUUCUAACAAUAUUUUUAUGAAAUAUUACGCUUUUGUCUGUUCAAUUUUAAUAAAGACGUUACGCGUUACGUUACUCAUAAUAUAACUGUCUUGCACCACAGCUUAAAACAGGGAUUGGGGGUGAUAAUAGAAACCUAGCAAGUUCAUCAAAAAAAUCUCUGAUGAUUCUCUUCAUAUCUCUGGUUAUGGAUUUGCUGGCCUUUACGGUCAUUUUACCUCUGCUACCGACCAUUCUGGAACAUUAUGAAACUGCUGAAUACGACUUCCUAUAUGACAACAUAAAAGCCGGAGUGUCUGGGUUCAAACAUCUUGUUGGUAUACCUGAAUCUGAAAAAUGGAACUCUGUUUUGUUUGGGGGUAUUGUGGGGUCCAUGUUUUCCUAUCUUCAAUUCAUAUCAUCUCCAACACUGGGUGCACUAUCCGAUGUUCAUGGCAGACGGCCGUUGAUGAUAAUUACCUCUAUUGUGAUUGCUCUGUCGUACUUGCUCUGGGCUUUCUCCACAUCAUUUACAGUAUUCAUGCUUGCAAGGAUUAUUGGUGGCAUUAGUAAAGGAAAUGUAAGUCUCAGUACUGUGAUUGUUGGUGAUGUUACAAGUUCGUCUAAAAGGUCCAAAGGAAUGGCAGUUGUGGGUGUAGCUUUCAGUAUCGGCUUCCUGAUUGGUCCACUGAUUGGGGCAUGGUUCUCAAUUAGGUCUUCUCAAGAUUUUAACCAAUUCUUCGUUUUUCCAGCCAUAUAUGCAUUCGUUCUCGCUUCUUUGAAUGUCCUCUUCAUUAUACUGUUUCUGAAGGAGUCGCUACCAGUCGCGAAAAGAGUUUGUGGGUUUAUUAAUUAUUCACUGAUCAAUCCGUUCUCCCUGUUCAAUUUCUCUGCUGUCAAUCAUGUCUCCAAGAAUGAAAAAGAACAUUUGAAGAGGAUUGGCCUGGUGUAUUUCAUGUAUCUGUUCAUUUACUCUGGCCUGGAGUUUACGUUAACUUUUCUGACUCACCAGAGAUUUGCAUACACAAGCAUGCAACAAGGCAGAAUGUUCCUAGUGACGGGUCUCAUAAUGAUCAUCGUACAUGGAACUGCAGUGAGGAAGGUGGAACCUGGGAAGGAGCUGGAAAUGGCGCGAAAUGGCAUUCUUAUUCUCAUUCCGUCAUUCAUUCUGGUGGGCAUGGCCAGCAAUCAGGUCAUCCUCUAUCUUGGACUUGUGUUGUUUUCAUAUGCAUCGGCGACUGUGGUCUCGUGUUUAACGUCUGAAACAUCUCGCAUUGGCAGGGAGGAGAACAAGGGUACCAUUAUGGGGGUCUUCAGGUCUCUGGGGGCACUGGCCAGAGCCCUGGGCCCUUUCCUCGCUGCUAUUGCUUACUGGUACUGGAGUCCAAUGAUCUGCUACAUGGUUGGUGCCUUCCUGCUCAUCCUGCCUUGCUAUCUGCUCGGAAACGUGAAAUCAAAAGUUAACUAAUUAAUUCUUUGUUCUGCUCAUUAACUAAUUAAUCUUGAAUUGAAAUAAUUGAUCGUUUAAUUAAUCACUAAUUGAAUUAAUUAACAAUCUAAUUAGUAGUUGAUCAAAUUGAAUAUUUGUUUUUAUAGAGUUUAUUCAUCGUUUAAAAACAUUGGACACUCGGUUGUUUAACAGUGUAAUGACAUUAUUUUUAUUAAUUUGUUAAUAAUAGACCGAUAAACUGUCUGAUCGCUCGGUCAAUCGUUCUAUUAAACAAUUACCAAAUUUGUAUUAUAAUUGAGUGUUGAGGGUGAGGCCAGUGUCUGUCUUUACGAAGCAGUGUUUAAAUAUUUUUCUGAAUACGUUCAUUCAUCUAUUGAUUCAUUUUUAUAUUCGUUCGUUCAUUUAUGAAUUAAUUCACCUACUUAUUCAUUCAUUCAUUUACUCAUUUGUUUAUUCAUUCAUUCAUCUACUCAUUCAUUUCUUGGAUCAAUAAAGUAGGCUAUGCACUUGGU